AUGGGUUAUGAAGAAGGUUAUGAAGAACAAAUGGGUUAUGAAGAAGGCUACGAAGAACAAAUGGGUUAUGAAGAAGGCUACGAAGGCGGCUAUGAAGAAGGUUAUGGAAAAGAAAAUUAUAGUGAAGGUGAUUGGGAGGGAGAUGAAUAUGCAUACUCAUCAGCAAAAAAUUCACAAUACUCAGAAAAUGAUUAUAUUAAUCAAUAUUCACAAAAUGAUAUACCACAACUACCUUCAACUACAAAAGGAUACAAUAACUUUGCUCAAAGACAAAUGAUGAAACAAGGUGAAUUAGUACCAUCACAAUAUCAGCAACAACAUCAACAGCCAUUGUCAUUAUAUUGGGCUUGGAGCCAGAACAAUAUAAUGUGGAAAUGCUCAGAGGCUGGUAAAUCUUUUGAUGGUGAUAAUGGGACAAAACUUCUCUAUGAACGAGGUAUAAAGGCUUUGAAGAUUAUGAAAGGUAUGUUCCAGUCUCUAUGUUUAGCUGUUGGGAUGGAAGAAGAAAAUAUAAGAAAAUUGCAAUCAAUUGGUUUUAUACAUGUGGGUAGGUUUGGUGGAAGGAUUUUUUUCACAUUGUUUAGUUUAUUAACUCAUCCAAUCAUUCGCUGUGAAGGAAAUUUAGGUCUGAUGAUACUGUUACUCAGAUUGGAUUCUCCCGCUGGCUAUGAAAUUUUAUUGGUAAAAACGAAUUUCAAUGAUGCAAUUAAUCAAACUUAA